AUGCCUUCUCUUCAGUUUAUUGCCUUUCUGGCGUCUCUAGCUGUCCUGGCCAUCGGUGGGCUCAUCUCCAAUGGCUUUAUUGCUGCAGUGAUAGUCACUGAGUGGGCUAAAAGCAGGAAAAUUGAUGCUAGAGAACAACUUCUUCUGUCCCUAGGUAUGUCCAAUAUUGGCUUCUCUGGUGUUAUGUCUCCAUGUUUAAUUAAUUACUACUUCUUCCCUGGCUCUAGCAGCUACUUAACUUUACAAAUAAGCCAGUUCAUUGGAAGCUUUCUCGCAUUCUCCCGAUUCUGGCUUACUGCCUGGCUCUGCCUCUUCUAUUAUCUCAAGAUAGUUAACAACAACUGCUCCCUUUUCCUUUGGUGCAAGCUGAUGAUAUCACGGAUAGUACCUUGGCUUCUUGGGGGAUCUCAAGCCAUUUCCUUGCUUGUUGCCUUCUUUGCAGUGCAGAAUUUGUACAUUAAACCCCAGAGAAGCAUUACAAACAUGACGCAAGACAGGACAGAGCUUGAUCUUGCUACAAAUUUCAAAAUCUUCUAUUUGAUCACUGGUUGUGGCUGCCCGUUCCUGAUAGCUUUUCCUUGCUCAAUCAUGGUUGCAGCCUCACUCUACAGACACGUCUACAAAGUGACUGGGAAAGAAUCCAAUGUUAGGAGCCUCCAAACAGACACUCACACCAAGGCAGCUGGGACAGUGCUCCUCCUGCUGAUCCUUUCCAUUUCUUUUUACGUGGCAAAGAUCUUAUUUUUAACUGGCUAUAUUAUCAAAGAUACAGUUGGCAUUUCAGUGUGUGUAGCAAUAAUUCUAAUGUACUCUCCUGUGCAGGCUGCCCUCCUGGUGUUGGUGAAUCCCAAGCUCAAGCAGGCAGCUGCCAGGAUGCUUCCAAGAACAAAACCUUAA